AUGAACAGUAAAUCAUUGCUCAGGAUGAAGCUGAGGCCUGACGAAAUAUCAAACAUGAAAAGCCACCAAUUUGUAGGAAUAGACAAUUCUAUUCUAUCGAAGUAUGUCAUAAGACAUUACACAAGAUGGCUUGUCAACAAGAUACCUGCAUCGAUUGCGCCAAACAUGCUUACACUGAUAGGAUUUGCAAUGAUGGGACUAAGUCUAGGGCUUACACUGAUGUUUGAUCCAUAUCUGAACAAUGCACCGAGAUUUCUAGCAUUUGCAAAUUUUUUAUUGAUGCUUGGAUACUUCACAUGCGACAACCUGGAUGGAGCACAGGCUCGGAGAACAGGGUCUGGGUCUCCGCUAGGACAGCUGUUUGACCAUGGGGUGGAUUCAUUCAGCGCACUUAUUUCAAGCAUAGCGCUGUCGUCCUCGCUUGGGCUUGGAAUAUCACAGAACUUCUUGGUGCUGCUAUUGGCAAUAAUGAUACAAUUCUACAUUGUAGGGCUUGAGGAGAAGUUUACAGGGCAGUUUGUGCUUGGAAAAAUCAACGGUGCAUCAGAAGGAAUUGCACUUGCAUUGCUUCUGCAUUUGACUUCGUUUGUAUUUGGGCAGAGAGUUUUCCAAAUCAUGUUUUCUGAUGUUUUUCUACAGUCCAUCAAGAAGGUGUACAUGACUGUGUUUAGAGCAGAGAGCUUCCAGGCGGUUUCUGUGGUAAUGAUGACGAUCCUGAUAUUCAACUUUUUUUCGACAUUGUAUUCGAUUGAGUCGAAGAUGAAGCCGCAGAGACGGAUUCUUCUGUAUGCGACGCUCACUAGAGUUAUUGUGUUUGCUGCGUCUUUUAUUGUGCUGUUCAACAUACUCCGUUCAGAAGGCCUGCGGAUGCAGUACCUGAACAUUCUGAUGUUUGGAGAGGUGUUUUCGAUGAAAUAUAUUUGCGAGGUGUAUUCGUAUGUUGUAAAAAGAGAGUGCAUGAUGUACAUGCCGGUGUAUGCGAUGUAUGUGGGAAUGUGUAUGGCUUUUGCAGGGAGGCUGAUUGGUGUCUAUAAGGAGUUGGUGCUAGUGACGAUGUUUGGCUUGUGCUCGGUUUAUUGCGGAGUAAGUGUUUGCAGGAUUGUUGCAACGAUGACUGACGCACUGGGGAUUGAAUUUCUUACGAUUGCCCCGAAGAGCAAGAAAGAGUGA